GCAAAACCAUCCACCUUCACCAAACUCACACGCCCUCACUCACACACAUCACGUACAUCACAUCACGUACAUUCCCCUCUCCCCCACCUACCCCUCCCUCCCCACAUACUCGCGCAACCAUGUCUGCAGAAGAACUCAAAGAAUACCAGCUGCAGCUCGAGUCAGUCGAAGCUGCCCUGAAGACCGAUCCAGACAACGCCGAACUCCAAUCUCUCAUCGCAGAGCUGAAGGAAGCCAUCUCGCUGACGGAGUCCGUUCUUGCGGAGCAGAGCGGCGCCGGCGCGUACAACAGCACGCCCAACGACCACAACAACCACAACAACAACAACCACAGCAGCACACCGGUCCACCAUAGCAGCGGCAAAUACGAUGCGAAUGCGACGAACGAGUCGGGAAGUGGUAGUGGUGGUAGUACAUAUGCAGUUGGUGACAACGUUCUGGCGCGAUGGACGAGCGGUGAUAACCAGCUAUACCCAGCGCGGAUUACCUCAGUGACGGGCUCCCUCAAGAAUCCCGUGUACCUCGUCAAAUUCACCCAGUACAAUGUCACCGAGCAGCUGUACCCGAAGGAUAUCAAGCCGGCCGGCAACGCGAGUAAGAAGAGGAAGCUGGAUUCCCCGGCUACGCCUACGGGUGGCAAUGCGACUCCGAACGGUGGUGCGGUGAUCUCGCAACCCGCGGCGAUAAAUGCGGAGUUAGCCGAGGCGAGGAGGGAUCAACUCGGCGCCGAUGCGUCGCAGAAGCCCGCGAAGAAGGGGAGGAAGCUCGAGCAGAAGAAGGUGCUGGAGGCCGGGCAAAAGAAGUGGCAGGACUUUGCGGCGAAGGGUGUUAAGGGGAAGAUGGGGAAGACAAAGAGGAUCGGCGAGGCGAGCAUGUUCAGGACACCGGAUAGUGUGCACGGGCGGGUUGGAUUCACAGGCUCUGGUCAGCCCAUGAGGAAAGACGUUACCAGAGGAAAGCAUAUUUACCAGCAAGCCGAGGACGAAGAGUAAACGAGUUCAACAUUUAUCCGGGUACACGAUGUCUGUACGAUAGCUCCUACUUUAUGGGCCGGAGUCUACCACACCAAAACAGGAGUUUGUAUAAUUCCGUUGAUUCCUUCACAUUAUGUUUUUCUUUAAUUCUUCCAAACACGGUGUCUAUUUUCUUUGCUUUUUCGAUUUUCUUCAUCUUAUUUCGGAUCGGGGCUAAGGCAGACUAUGUGCGAGAAGAGAAUUCCUGCAGCAUGGUGAUGCACAAUCGAUGGGGCGGGAGCGCGAUGGAUGAUAAUGGUGACGAUAGGUAUACGGAAAGCGAGAGUGACUUACCGACAUCUUUUUCCUCCGCUCGUUUUCUUUGAAUGAUGCUAAGUUAUCGCGGUGGGCCGGGG